AUGGUUGGUGUUGAACAGAGCAUAUUUUCAAUCAUCUUAAAUGUGGAAUUCAUAAUGGGAAAUUUAGGAAAUGGAUUCAUAGCACUGGUGAACUGCAUGGACUGGGUCAAGAGAAGAAAGAUCUCUUCAGUUGAUCAAAUCCUCACAACUUUGGCACUCUUCAGAAUUGGUUUUAUCUGGAUAUUUUUUCUAGAUUGGUGGGUACCUGUGCUGUAUCCAACUUUAUGGACAACUGGAACAAUUAUGAGAAUCAUUUAUAUUACCUAUAUAGUAAUCAAUCAUUUCAGCAUCUGGCUUGCUACAAGCCUCAGCAUCUUUUACUUUCUCAAGAUAGCCAAUUUUUCUAACUCUGUUUUCCUUUACCUAAGGUGGAGAGUUAAAACAGUUAUUUCAGUGACACUGAUCAUGUCUCUCGUCCUCUUGUUUUUAAAUAUUGUGUUUAUAAACACACUAGUUGAUUUCUGGGUUGAUGGAUAUAAAGGAAACCUGUCUGACAGCUACAGUCUGAGUAGAGAUGAACAAUUUUUCAUAUUUUCAUCAUUCACCAUCGCUCUAUUCACGUUCAUACCCUUCACUGUGUCCCUGGUGACUUUUCUUCUGCUAAUCUUCUCCCUGUGGAAACACCUGAAGAGGAUGCAGCACAAUGCCAGAGGGUCCAGAGAUGCCAGCACCACAGCCCACGUGAAAGCCUUGCAAACUGUGAUCGCCUUCCUGCUGCUGUAUGCCGUUUUCUUUCUGUCCUUUCUUUUUCAGUUUUUAACCUUUGAGUCCCUGAACAGUAAUCUGAUUAUGUUUUUAAUUGAGGCUGGUGGGAUAGCUUUCCCUUCAGUCCACUCACUUGUCCUGAUUCUCGGGAACAGGAAGCUGAGACGGGCCUCUCAGUCAGUGCUGGGGUGGCUGAGGGGCAGGUCCAAAUGCUGA